AUGCAGAUCUGGCGCCCGCAGACUCGUGCUGGUCUCCUCCGGGUGCAGAGCUGUUUAUCGCCGCGGCCCCCCUCCACCUCAGGCCCCUCCCCACCUAAGGCCCCUCCUCCACCUCAGGCCCCUCUUCCACCCUCAGGCCCCUCCUCCACCUCAGGCCCCCCUCCACCUCAGGCCCCUCCCCACCUCAGGCCCCCCUCCACCUCAGGCCCCCCUCCACCUCAGGCCCCUCCCCACCUAAGGCCCCUCCUCCACCUCAGGCCCCUCUUCCACCUCAGGCCCCUCCUCCACCUAAGGCCCCUCCUCCACCUCAGGCCCCUCUUCCACCUCAGGCCCCUCCUCCACCUCAGGCCCCUCCCCCACCUCAGGCCCCCCCACACCUCAGGCCCCUCCUCCACCUCAGGCCCCUCCUCCACCUCAGGCCCCUCCUCCACCUCAGGCCCCUCUCCCACCUCAGGCCCCUCCUCCACCUCAGGCCCCUCCUCCACCUCAGGCUCCUCCUCCACCUCAGGCCCCUCCCCCACCUCAGGCCCCUCCCCCACCUCAGGCCCCUCCUCCACCUCAGGCCCCUCCUCCACCUCAGGCCCCUCCUCCACCUCAGGCCCCUCCUCCACCUCAGGCCCCUCCUCCACCUCAGGCCCCUCCCCCACCUCAGGCCCCUCCUCCACCUCAGGCCCCUCCUCCACCUCAGGCCCCUCCCCCACCUCAGGCCCCUCCCCCACCUCAGGCCCCUCCCCCACCUCAGGCCCCUCCUCCACCUCAGGCCCCUCCCCCACCUCAGGCCCCUCCUCCACCACCGUACGACGACACGAGCCUCAGAAAGUUACAGCCCAGGUGCUGCUCGGGCUGUUUUUACUGUUGGGUUCUCCUUGA